AUGCUCUUGGCGGUUCUUGUCAUGCUUCUUCUGAUUAUUGACUUUGUGAGGAAGAGGCGUCCCAGGAAUUUCCCUCCAGGGCCACAGCUAUUUCCUCUUGUGGGAACCAUCGUGGAUUUAAGGCAACCUCUCCAUCUUGAGAUGCAGAAGCUUACUGCAAGGUAUGGGAACAUCUUCAGCGUGCAGUUCGGAGGUCUGACUUUUGUGGUAGUCAGUGGGUACCAAAUGGUGAGAGAAGCUCUUGUCCACCAGGCUGAAAUAUUUGCAGAUCGGCCGCAUAUUCCACUUCUCCAAGAAAUUUUUAGAGGCUUUGGUCUCAUAUCCUCAAAUGGGCACAUAUGGAGGCAACAGAGAAAGUUUGUCUUAGCGACACUGAAAAACACUGUGGUCAGUUUUGAGUCAAAAGUGCAAGAAGAGAGCCAGUACCUCGUGGAGGCAAUGGAGGAAGAGAAGGGGCAACCGUUUGACCCUCAUUACAAAAUUAAUAGUGCUGUUUCAAAUAUUAUCUGUUCCAUAACUUUUGGGAACCGCUUCGACUACCACGACAGCAACUUCCAGGAAUUACUGCACUUGCUCGCAGAAACACUGCUGCUGAUAGGAAGCUUCUGGGGCCAGCUGUAUAAUGCUUUCCCUCUGAUAAUGAGAUGGCUACCAGGGCCCUUCAGGAAAAUCUUCAGGCACUGGCAGAAACUUCAGCGUUUUGUGAGGGGAGUGAUUGCAAAACACAAGGAGAACUUGGACCAGUCUGACUUGGGAGAUUACAUUGACUGUUACUUAAAGGAAAUAGAAAAGGAUGACACCAACUCCUAUUUCCAUGAGGAAAAUCUGCUCUGCUCCACACUGGACCUCUUCUUGACUGGGACAGAGACAACAGCAACCGCCAUCCGUUGGGCUCUGCUCUACAUGGCUGUGUAUCCCCACAUUCAGGAGAAAGUGCAGCUUGAAAUUGAUGCUGUGAUUGGCCAGUGCCGCCGGCCCACCAUGGAGGACAAGGAGCACAUGCCCUACACCAGUGCAGUGCUGAGCGAGGUGCUGCGAAUGGGCAACAUCGUGCCAUUGGGAGUGCCCAGGAUGUCCACCAAUGACACCACCUUGGCUGGCUUCCACGUGCCCAAGGGUACCACGCUGAUGACCAGCCUGACUUCAAUAAUGUUUGACAAAAACGUGUGGGAGACUCCAGACACCUUUAAUCCUGAACACUUCCUGGAGAACGGCCAGUACAGGAGGCGGGAGGCUUUCCUGCCCUUCUCUGCAGGCAAGCGUGCCUGUCCUGGUGAGCAGCUGGCCAGGACUGAGCUCUUCAUCUUCUUCACUUCCCUGCUGCAGAAAUUCACCUUCCAGGCUCCGUCUGCCACUGUGCUGAGCUUUGCCUUCACAAUCAGCCUCACGCGCUGCCCCAAGCCCUUCCAACUCUGUGCCCUGCCUCGCCGCUGA